AUGUUUUUUAUUCGCAUAAAUGGAGAAACUACGGUUUUCAUAGAGCUAAUAUUCAUGAAACUCAAAAGGGAGAUUUUUUCAGCAUUUGUGAUAUUCAACUUCAUGCUGGUUUUUCUCUUCUCAUGGCUAUACCUUCAUGGAGUUCGGGACCUCAAGCGCUGGCUUAGCAAACGUAAGACCGAAAAGGGAGCUGGUAGUAGUAGUUGA